GCUCCACGUUGGAGGCCGGGGAAGUGGCACGGCGAUGGACAGCAGUCUGAUGUUCCUGGGCACCUACCUCCUGCCGCAGAUCGCCUUGGCCUUCUGCCACCUCAGGAUCGGACUCCACCUCUGGAGGGGCCGCCGGCCCGGAUUGGCAACGUCCCAUCACCACGACGAUGGUGGUGGCGGUGGCGGCGGCAGCGUGCUUGGCCUGACGGAGCGGCGAAAAAUUGCCAAGAUCGUAUUCGCCAUCACGCUGGCUUUUUGCAUCGGCUGGCUCCCCAUGCACAUUAUUACCAUGUACGAGGACUUUAGUGCCGAGGGCGACAGGAUCGCAUUUACCGAUCGCGCAGCGCUGGUCUUCGGGUUCUCAUUCGGGGCCAACGCCAUUAACCCGAUUAUUUACUGUCUGCUCAGCAGGCACUUCCGGAUGUACUUCAAGUGUGCCCUCACGUGCAGGAGUCCCACGGACUUCACGCGCACUUCCGCGCCUGCCGUACGGGUGAGAAUCUUCCACAGGCACGAAGCACCACGAGCCGCGGUCUCCGACCUUGAAGAUGUCGUCCGCGAGGAAAGGACUGACAGGGACGAAGAAAUAAUUGCUGUCGAGGACAGGACCGGUUCUGCCGUGUCUUCGAGUGAGAAACACUGGAAGUCAUCGUCAUCGUGCGCAACCCACCCUUGCACGCCCGGGAGACAGAGAAUCGUGCUGCAUGUUGCACCUUUGACCCUGACGUCUUCGGUUUCAUUAGACGGCAGCGUCCUUUACUGUGACAGUGACAUGUUAAAAGUGCAUAUGCCUGGCAAACCUCACAGGAAGGGCAUUGGGCAGAACACAAACGAUCCAUGUUCCUCCAUACCUCACAUCGUAUGACAGACUUGGAGGAAAAAAAAGAAACGACCCGUGCCUUUCUCACGGGAGCUGUUCACUGUUUCUCCUUCUCUCUCUCCCUUUUCUCACUUUAUGAACAUCUCUUUCUUCUCUCGCCCUUAUGGCGUUGUUAUCUUUAUAUCUGGCACCGAAUGGAAUUACUUUUUUUAUAUUGACGAGUGCUAGCAGUAAGCGAGGAAAAAAAACUGUUAAAAACCUGCUAACACGAAGGUUGUACUCCUCACCGUUAACCAUUCUAAAACACAGUCCGAAUGCGGAACUGUCGGCAUGGGACAUUGUGAUUACACAACGAAACUCUCUAGUCCCAGCGAAAAUCACUCGGUGUAAAUAAGUUUUCAUGACUAGUCAGAACCUGUCGGUCUUUGAAAAUAAUCUUCAUGCAAAUACAUCAGUAAGGACAUCGGUUAAAUAGUAAGGUUGUGGCGCAUCUGUUUGAUGUUCUAGCUUGUAAAUGUUCUUAUUUACAUCUCCAGCUACAUUGUUGUGUCUUGUAAUAUAUUACGUCUUCGUGAUUUUUUUUUUCUCCUCCAAACUCCAAAACAUUGCUUUGGGAAAUUGCACAACUCUACGAACAGCUUCAAAACUGUUUAGGAACAGCACUAAAGAUUUACAAUUUUAUUUUCGAGCGAAAUAACGAAAAUGAUCUGAAUCGCAAUUGGUAUAACGAUGGCAGUUGUACAUUGGCACAGAAUGAGCUACCGCACAGUUCGUACUCAACGACAAAAGAUUGCUCGGGGUUCACCAAACUUUCUAUGCACAAAAUUCUUUACUACGCACUAUAACUGCUUUACUAAAAUUUUCAUCGAAAGAAAA